AUGAAUGCAUCCAAAGAAAGUCCGCAAAUUCAAAUGGCUUCUAGAGAAGCGGCCUUGCAAGUCGCGUGGAGUGUUGAAUCUAUUGAUGCUAACAGUUUUAGGGAGCUACGGCUACAGCGUCGAUUCGGCGAGGUAGACGCGGGCUGCAAGCUGGCAUGGAUCUCAGCCCAGAUGAGUGCACCGUUUGUCGCCGUCAAGCAUGGCCAGCAGCCUGUACACAUACUUAGCGAGCUUCCUGCAGCAGAAGCUGUGUCGGCGAAUGAGCUGGUCGGUAUAGAUACGCAGAGCCCCAGAGAAAUCAUGAUCGCCAUCUGGGUAGUGGCGGCGAAGUCGAAGCUAGUCGAAGGCAGCGAGUCCGGUGAUGGUGAAAGUAAGAAUGUCCGGUAA